UGAUUUAGUGGCAAAAACUGUGAAGGAAUUUUACCAAGAUACUGGUUCAUCACAGCUGGGAAAAAGCUUAGGACAUUACAUUAAACAGGUUAGCCUGCUGAAAUCAAGUAUGUGCCUUCGCAAAAAAGACUAUGGACGAAAACAGGAUGCGAAGGAGUUCACAGAAAUGUUUGAUGCAGAGUGGAAAGGGAAGGUUUCGUCAGUCGCCAACAGAAGUAAGCGUCUGAAGGCGAUGAACAAAGAAAUGAUCUGCCUUCAACGGAAGAUUUAGUUACACUAAAAAAUUUUCUUGUUGAAGAAAUGAGAAUUCAAAUAGAAAAGAACACACCUUCUAUGCUGAGUAUGUUUAUAUGACACAUGUACUGAUCGCUCGCAUAGCACUCUUUAACAAAAGAAGAGUAAAUGAGGUCUCUGAGCUGACAGUGAGUGACUUUAAGAAGCGAAUAAGAGGAAAUGAAUUAGAUACAAACACUGAAAUCUACAAUUCCCUGGCUGUCAGUGAAAAAACUCUGUUAAAGAGAAUGGAACUGAUUGAGGUGAGGGGGAAGAGCACACGGGGAUUUAGAAAGGUUUUUGUGAUUCUAAACACCGAUAUGGUGCAAAGCCUGUCACACCUUUUAAUGGUUCGUGCACAGGUUGGGAUACCAUCAACAAACACUUUCUUGUUCUCAAGAGUAACUGAUUCACCACAGGAUGGAUGUGAGGCCUUGAGAGUGGUCACAGCAAAGUGUCCAAAUAUGAACUUCCCAGAGCGAGUCAGGACUACAAAAUUGAGGAAAUACUUGGCAACAACUACCCAGAUAAUGGAUAUGAGAGACGAUGAACUAAAAUUACUCGCGGAUCAUAUGGGGCAUUCAGUGGCCAUACACACUGAAGUGUAUAGAAUGCAAACCUCUGUACUAGAAAGAACUAAAGUUGCAAGAGCUUUGCUAGCAUUAGAAGAUGGCAAAUUACAGGGGUUUAAUGGUCGCAACCUUUCAUCUAUCAGCCUUGAUGAAUUGCCUGAACCAGAACCGGAGGUAUUGCAGUCACCCGAGUGUUAUGAUGUAAAUGAUGAAAAUGAUUCAGAAGCUGAACCAGAAGCUGAACCAGAAGCUGAACCAGAAGCUGAACCAGAACCUCCUGCAUGUACAGGAUCAAAACCGCGAUGGUCUAAACAGGAGGAGAGUGCUCUGAGAGAAGCCUUUGAUAUUCAGAUAAAACAGAAGAAAAAUGUUUCAACAGUGGAGAUUAGGGAAGCAAAAAAAUGUUAUCCUGUGCUACAAGACAGAUCAGAAGCUGUUAUUCGUACAAAAAUAAACAAUAUCAAAUUAGGAAAAUAUAAAAAAAAGUAUUGAAUUAAAGAACACUUCAGAGGAUUCUUGCAUUCUUAGGUGGUGCACACCUCAAGUACCUCACAACAUUCCAUUGUUAUGCCCCCACAAUGUGGGAGCAUAUAGCGUUGCACUUGUCCGUCCGUCAGUCAGUCUGUCCGUCCGUACGUCCCGAAAUCUUGUGAACGCAACUCCUCUUAAACCGGAUGGCAGAUUUUGCUUAAACUUACAGGGAUGAACAACCUUAAUGUGUAGAUGGUAGUAAAGGAAGGAAUUUUCGCUGCGACCAAAUUUAACAGAAUUAUGGCCCUUUGUUGAUCUUUUCACUAGAUACUAUGUAAAAUUUUGUGAACGCAACUCCUCUUAAACCUGAUGGCAGAUUUUGCUUAAACUUACAGGGAUGAACAACCUUAAUGUGUAGAUGGUAGUAAAGGAAGGAAUUUUUGCUGCGACCAAAUUUAACAGAAUUAUGGCCCUUUGUUGAUUUUUUCACUAUAUACUAUGUAGAAAUUUUGUGAACGCAACUCCUAUUAAACCGGAUGCCAGAUUUUGCUUUAACUUACAGGGAUGAACAACCUUCAGGUGUGGAUGGUAGUAAAGGAAGGAAUUUUCGCUGCGACCAAAUUUUACAGAAUUAUGGCCCUUUGUUGAUUUUUUCACUAUAUACUAUGUAGAAAUUUUGUGAAUGCAACUCCUCUUAAACCGGAUGGCAGAUUUUGCUUAAACUUCCAGGGAUGAACAACCUUAAUGUGUAGAUGGUAGUAAAGGAAGGAAUUUUUGCUGCAACCAAAUUUAACAGAAUUAUGGCCCUUUGUUGAUUUUUAGUUUUCAACUUGUGGCACAUGUAGUCCAAAAAAUAUUUGACCUAGAGUCAUAAGAUUGACAGAACAGUGGCGUGUGGGGGCAUCCGUGUCCUAUGGACACAUUUCUAGUUUUUGUCUGUAAAUAAGUAAAAAGUAGGGAAAGAUUCCUCAAAGGCCAUGACAAUUAGCAGUAUACAGUGUUAUUAAUGUAUAUGAAACAUUAUAAGGAAAGACCAUGAAUGAAUGUGCAGAUAAUAAGUGAAAUGUGAAUUUGCUGUCAUGUCUGUUUUUAGGAAGCAUUUCAAACAAUAUGUAUGUGUACCUUUUAGGCUCCCAGUCAAGAAAAUGUUAGGCAGUCUGAUUACUGUGAAAAGCUGAAUGGGGCUGAAGGUUUGAACUCUGUUCUGCUGUCUGUCAGUCUGGCUUGCUCUUUUUUCAAAAUGCCUGCAGGGAUUGAGCUGAUUCAGUUUAUACCCAUAUUAGCCAAUAACUUUCUUUUAAUGUAAAGUACUUAAUGUUAUAUCAGCAUUAUUUUAUCUUUUGUAUAUCCUUUGUAAGCAAUUAAGUAAUUGUAAAUGAUUAGCAAUAACUCAUAUAAUGCAGCAUAAGCUUCAUUCUUAAUUAUCCUGUUCAUUUGAAUUUUUAAACUUUUCACCUCUUGAAACCCCUUUUUUGUAUUAAACUGCCUUAUGACUUAUCAGAGAUGGUUAUUAAUUUGAGUAGCAACAGGUGAUGAUUAGGUUUCAAAAUCAAUUGAUGAUUAUAAAGCGAGUAUAAGCACAUAUAUUCCUAAAUGUGUAACAGUACUUGUGGAAGCUUUUCUUUUAAGUGCUGUUUUGGACCUUAAAACAUACUGUUAUGAACAGUAAUGUAAUGAGUUGUGUAAUACCCUAAAUUUGGCAAGGGAAAAUUCUGGGAAGUUCACUGAGUUUAUAGCAACCCUGUUUUGAUUUUGGGUUAACUUUUUGCCCAGCAUGCAAUGUUCUACCAUCAUUCUCAGUAAGUUGAAAAUAUCAGGAACUUAACAUUUUUCUCCCAAAUGGCUGCUAGAUUUUUUGUAGAGAAAUAAAGCCCUUUUCAGAAAUAGAAAAAUUAAUGCUUUGUAAACUGCUUGAAAUUUUAUUUAUUUCUGUUCAUAGAUAUUUAGUAUAUUUCAGACAAUGAAUCAUUGCUCAUAUAUUGAACAAAUUUUCCAUUUUGGCAUAGGGCAUAACUAAAAGGAGAACUGUGUAUAAUAGAAAUUGAUUAAGUGAUGAGAAUGACUUGUCUGAAUAUUGUUUUAAACAUACACAAAACUGGUCCUUAAUCCUAUAAAUUGGAAAAGAAAAUCUGAAAAUGCCUUUUAAAGUUAAUCUGAUUUUGAAAAUAAAAGUUUUCAUCAGUUUGAAUAAAGAAUGUCAUGGAUUUUCUGUUACAUAUAUUUGAGUGUCAUACUGUAACCUUAAACAUUGAAUUUUGCUACUUUGACAAUGUCUGUUUUGUUGCUUUUUAACACUUUUACCACUUGCUUUUGUUUUAUAGAUCAAUUUAUUUCAGAAUUUAAAUGUGUUAGAUGUGUUUGCAUUAUUAAAGAUUUUGAUUCUACAAUAUAAUUAUAUAUGUUUAAUUAGUCUAGUGAACUAGAAUUUGUUUUGUACUGAUCACAUAAUAAUGCUUCCUUUAGUGCCAUUAAGAUCAUUCAAUGUUUAUGCAGGAUGUAAAAAUUGCAUUUCAUUUCAGAAUUGGUUAUUUAUAAAUCUAGGUAGUCUGCUUUUGUUUUUGGGAUGACCUUUUCUGUACUAUUUGAAGUUUAAAUUCUAACAUUUUGUGUACCUAUUCAAGUUAAAAUUCUAACAUUUUGUGAGUUAUGAAAUCUUUUAGACAGUAAUGGCUUGUUUAUAGGUCAAUCACAGUAUAUGAAUAUACUUUAGUACAGAUUAAGCAAUGUAUAUUUUUUUGUCCCUAAAAAGAAAUGUUUAGUUGCUGUUUUGUCUAUCUGUCCAUCAGUUUGUCAUAUUUUUGUCAUAACAAAAACUGUAACAUAUAUCAACAUAGAGUUUCAUAGGUAACAUUAGAUAGAUAGAUAGAUAGAUAGAUAGAUCAGGAAAAUACAGUGUACAAGAAUCAUAACUUGUCUUUGCAUAAUAUCAAACUUAUCAGUCUUUGUUAUUUUUCAUACUUAAAUUUUGUCCCACACCAAAACUAAAACAGGUUAUCAACAUGAAAGUAGAUAUAUCUCAUCAAAGACAUAGUUCACAUUGGCAUGAUAUAGGAGUUAUUGCCCUUAACUUCAUUUGAAUUAAUAAUGAACUUUCACUCCUUCAAUUUGAGGAGGUAUCCCACAGUGAUAUCAAGAUUUAGUCCUUUUGGAAAAAAGGAUUCAUUUUGGGACCAAGCAUUAAUUUUUGAAGUAUCCAUCAGUUUUAUAGUUUCUCUUGUGAUUAUUCAAAAUAAAGGUAUUAUUCUCCUGGAAAUGAUAUUCCAUUUAUUUACCUUUCUAGAAUAUAUAUCAAUCUCCCUGAAGUAUUGCUCUGUUAUCUUAAAAUAUAUUCGUGUAUAUAAUGUGAAAUAGUUUUUUCAAUGGAUAACAAAUUUAUGAGCUCACUUGAUAUUUACUCAAUUUAGAUAUUGACUGAAUUUCAUUUCUUUGCUGCUUCAUAUGUGAUUAAUGAAUUAUAUACUGUCUAGUGUUUGGAGUUAAAUAUUUUUCUUUUAAAAUGACCACCUUUGUAGUAGAAUAGCAAUUUUUGUGCCUGUUAAGAAAGUUUUUUUCUAGCAAUGUUAGUAUCUGCUUUUUUCUAUUAGUUAUUUUUAGCUCACCUGUCACAAAGUGACAGGGUGAGCUUUUGUGAUCGCUUUUCGUCCGGCGUCCGUCCGUCCGUCCAUAAACUUUUACUUUAAAUGACAUCUCCUCAUAAACCACUAAGCCAAUUUCAUCCAAACUUCACAGGAAUGUUCCUUUGGUGGUCACCUUUAAAAAUUGUUCAAAGAAUUUAAUUCCAUUCAGAACUCUGGUUGCCAUGGCAACCGAAAGAAAAAACUUUAAAUAUCUUCUUUUAAAAAACCAUAAGAGCUAGAGCUUAGAUAUUUGGCAUGAAACAUCUUCUAGUGAGUGUCUACCAAGUUUGUUCAAAUAAAAGCCCUGGGGUCAAAAUUGGCCGGCCCCGGGGGGUCAUUGAUUUUCCCUAUAUGCAUAUAGUAAAAACUUAAAAAAUCUUCUUUUAAAGAACCCAAAGAGCUAUGGCUAAGAUAUUGGGCAUCAAACAUGUUCUAAUAGGUGUCUACCAAGUUUGUUCAAAUAAAAGCCCUGGGGUCAAAAUUGGCCCCGCCCCAGGGGGUCAUUGAUUUUCCCUAUAUGCAUAUAGUAAAAACUUAAAAAAUCUUCUUUUAAAGAACCAAAAGAGUUAGAGCUAAGAUAUUUAGCAUGAAACAUGUUCUAAUAAGUGUCUACCAAGUUUGUUCAAAUAAAAGCCCUGGAGUCAAAAUUGGCCCCGCCCCGGGGCGUCAUUGAUUUUCCCUAUAUGCAUUUAGUAAAAACUUAAAAAAUCUUCUUUUAAAGAACUCAAAGAGCUAUGGCUAAGAU